AUGUCUCUCAACAUCGAGACUGUCGCCACCCCUCAAAAGACCGUUCGCGGUCCUGCUGAGCUGUCAGACGCAUCCUCUGUCUACCUGGGUACCAAGAACCGUAUGCCAGAAUUCGUCCUCACAGAUAAAGUUGUCUGCGUUUCUGGCGCCGGUCGUGGUCUGGGACUCGUCCAAGCUGAAGCCUUAUUGGAAGCCGGUGCCAUUGUCUACGCUCUCGAUCGAUUGCCUGAACCAUCCGAAGACUUUGCACGCAUCCAAGCCAAAGCAACCACGCUCGGCACAAAGAUCGAAUACCGCUGCAUCGACGUCCGCGACACCGAACUACUCAACAACGUCAUCGAGGAAAUCGCCAAUGUCGAGGGACGCAUGGACGGUCUCAUCGCUGCUGCGGGAAUUCAGCAGGAGACUCCGGCGUUGGAAUAUACAGCCAAGGAUGCCAACACUAUGAUGGAAGUCAAUGUCACUGGAGUGUUUAUGACUGCGCAGGCGGUCGCUAAGCAGAUGAUUCGAUUUGGGAAUGGAGGUAGCAUCGUCAUGAUUGCUAGCAUGAGUGGGACAAUUGCCAACAAGGGCCUCAUCUGCCCAGCCUACAACGCCUCCAAGGCAGCCGUCAUCCAACUCGGGCGCAACCUUGCCGCCGAAUGGGGCCAGUACAACAUCCGCGUCAACACCAUCAGCCCGGGCUACAUCGUUACACAGAUGGUCGAGAAUCUGUUCGUGCAAUACCCCGAACGUCGCGAAGAGUGGCCCAAACAGAACAUGUUGGGUCGUCUAUCGCGGCCGGAAGAGUAUCGUGGGGCGGCGGUCUUUUUGAUUAGUGAUGCCAGUAGCUUUAUGACGGGGAGUGACCUGAGGAUGGACGGUGGUCAUGCUGCUUGGUAAUUGUCACAUAGUCUUGUGAUUCAAGCGAUGGUAGAGCAUGACGGAUUUGCCUUCUUUCGACUUCCUGCAAAUGGGCGGCGUUUAGGUAUUUGUUUUUUACCUGCAAUUCAUCUCAGCGGUCAUGCUUCGAGCGUUCUUCAGGUAUUCCAGCUUUUUAAGUGAUACCAUACCGUACUGAAACAUUCCUUAAUAGCAUCUACUAAGUACGGAGU